UUUGGUCGAUUCAAGUGAUAUUAACUAAUAAUAAGAAGAAGAAGAAGAAAAAAAAUUAAGCAAUUUUAAUUAGUAAAAACCAAAAAUGGGGAAUCGAGUAGGAGCAGUUCCCGAUUCCAAUAAUAAAGAGAGAGAUUUGAUUCCUUCUUCGUUUUCAUAAUCAUUUCCCUUCCUUUUAGAGAUUAAGCGAUUCCUCGAUUAAAUCCCAUUGCUCCGAAAUGAGCACGGGCGACCUUCUUAACAUCGAUCCUUUAGAGCUCAAGUUUCCUUUUGAGCUGAGGAAACAGAUCUCAUGUUCUCUUCAAUUGUCGAAUAAAACUGAUAAUCAUGUAGCUUUCAAGGUGAAAACAACAAAUCCAAAAAAGUACUGUGUUCGUCCCAAUACGGGGAUCGUCUUGCCUCGAUCUACAUGCGAAGUUAUAGUUACCAUGCAAGCACAAAAGGAGGCCCCUGCUGAUAUGCAAUGCAAGGACAAAUUCCUCCUUCAAAGUGUAAAAGCCCCUGAUGGUGUUACCGCAAAGGAUAUAACUGCAGAAAUGUUCAACAGAGAAGCUGGGAAUGUGGUUGAGGAAUGCAAGUUGAGAGUGGUUUAUGUUUUUUCGCAUCAACAAACUUCACCUUCUCAAGAAGGGUCUGAAUUAGUGCCUAGAGGCUCUAUUUCAGACAAUUCUGAGUUUGUUAUGGCUGCAAGAACAUUUAUGGAUCAGCUUGACACGCAAGACAAAUCUCCUGAGGCAAAAGCUCUUAUAACGAAGCUGACUGAUGAAAAAAAUAAAGCAAUUCAACAAAAUAACAAGCUUCGCCAAGAGCUGGAACUGUUGAAGCGCGAAAGCAGCAAAAGUGGGGGCAAUCUGUCUUUCAUGUUUGUCGCCUUGAUCGGCUUGAUUGGGUUAAUUAUGGGAUAUAUCAUGAAGAGGUCGUAAACCGCUACCGAUCUAGUCAAGCUUAUAUGCAUAAUUUUUCUCUACUUUCCUUCAAUGGAGAAGUAAACUGCAGGAAAAGGGUUAAGGUCAUAUGGCUCUGCACUGCAGUUGGUGGCUGGCCUGCAUUGCAUUGCCAUUAACUUUGUUGCAAUCUUUCUGUAACUUGGAAAGAGUUAAUUUAGGAAUAAAUACGUACUAUAGGGUCAUGAGCAAUUUAGUCCCGUUAAAAAUAAACGGAAACGGGGCAAUUUAAUCUCUGUAUUAUUCUAAAGUGAAUAAAUAAAGAUAAAAGAUGGUAUUAACUAUUUCUGUUAAUAAAAUAUUAAGUUAAGAACAA